AUGGGUGUACAGGGUGUAGAGGAUGGGGCUGAGGACGCAUUCCUGUGGGACGCCAGUGGUUGUGGAGCUGUUGUCAACAAAGACUACCCUGAUGUAGGAGUCAUUAUUUUCCAGGUGGGAGAGGGAAUGGUGAAGGGCAGCAGCAUUGGCAAGACAGACAGAUUCUUCCACUGGUAUAAGCCGUCUCUUGGGAAAAUGGUCCAAACAGUAGCUACAGUAGUUUAUAAGAAGAUAGAGCUCAUCAGUCCAUUUAAUCAUACACGUUUCCAUGUCCAUAAAUCAAAUGAUCAGUGUUUUCUUAUGAUCGAUCACAUAAACAAAGAGGAUGAAGCAACAUACUUUUGUCAAACUGGAACCGAGUUUUUACAACAUUUUGUUAGAGGUUUCUUCUUGGCUGUAAAUGAUUAUAAACACCAGACAUCUGUUUAUGUGACACAAACUCCAAAGUCAUCAUCGGUCCAACUGGGAAACACAGUCACCCUCCAGUGUUCAUUUCUCACCAAGAACAAAGAAAGCAGUGCUCAGUGUCCCAGUGAUCGCAGUGUGCACUGGUUCAAAAGUGGAUCAGGAGAAAACCAUCCAAGUAUCAUUUAUAGAAAUGUCACUCAUAGAAACAGCAUGGAUGAUACAGAGAGACGCUGCAUCUACCAUCUGUCCAACACAAUACAGAACCUCUCUGAUACUGGGACUUACUACUGUGCUGUCGUCACAUGUGGAGUGAUUCUGUUUGGUGAAGGAUCUAAAGUGGACACAAGAACAGAAGUGGACCCAGUUAUUCUGACUCUUGGAGGACUGUUGGUCUGCUGUGUGACUGUAAUCAUCGUCCUCAUUUCCUGCAUGACUUGUUGUCAUUUCAAAGGUUGA